AAGUCAUCUGUUAUCAAACUUGUCUCAUUCUCAUAUGAUAUGUUUUGACUUUUUUGAUGAGCUUGAUGAUGAUGACGACAAUACUUUAAACUAAUCCUGAUGUUCUGGUGAUGAUUUGUAUAUUUAAAAAAAUAUAUUUAUAGAUUAUGGGCCAAAUAUAGUGCUGAACAAUUUGGAGUAAAAUGGCUACUUUAGUCCAGUCUUAUGAACAGCAGUAUUCAGUACUAACGGCAGAUAUAACUGCUAAAAUUGGGCGAUUGAAAUCCGGCCACGAAGAAAACCGAGAUCAGCUGUCCAGGGAGAUUCAGGCGAACUUCGAAGAAGCCAAUGAUUUGUUGGAACAACUGGAGUUGGAGUCCCGCGGCGCCGGCGCAGUCUCUCGUCUUGCCGCUUACCGAGCUGAACUCCAGCGUGUCCGGGAGGAGUACCGCUCUGUUCUCAAUAGCUCUGCAACAUACAACAUUGACAAUGACGAAGCCUUCGACGAUUGGGGCAGCAGUGACCAGCGCACCAAGUUGCUGGACAACACGGAGCGCCUGGAGCGGACCGGGAAGAAUCUCACAGAGGGCUACCGGGUCAUCCUGGAGACUGAGCAGAUCGGGGCGGCUGUGCUGCAGGAUCUUAACGCACAGAGGGAGACUAUACAGAGGUCUAGAGGCAGGCUCCGCGAGACAGACGAGCAACUGAAUCGUUCGUCCCGUCUCAUGAGCUCCAUGAUCGCGCGCUCGCUGCAGGACCGGCUCAUCCUGGUUCUGGUGUUGUUCUUCCUAGGGGUGCUGUUGUGUGUCGGCCUGUACUUCUAUGUCACGUAGCCUGCUCAAUGUUGGCGUGGAUGUUCGGAAAUUCGUAAGAUUCAUAAAUAAAAUUAAUAUAUUUCUUUUAUCUAUGGUAAGAAUGCCGAAGACUAAUCAUUAUUUUGGUCCAAUCUUCCAAUCUGACUCUUGUAUAUGUACUAGUUUUCAUAGACCAUCACUUGCUUUCGGGGCGAAGGAAAACAUCGUGCAUAUAAACUGAUUGAAGUUCACUAUUGUGUACAGUACUACCACUUUUAUAAGUUACACCGAUGUACCUGCGCAGAAAUCAAUUUUUUGCAUCUGCGCCAAUCAUAGCAGCCAUUUGGACGCGCGAACUAAACCGUUCGCUAUUGGCUAAUACGUACUACGUACGUGGGCUUUUUAUUAUCGCAAAGGAAAAUCAGCAAUGGACGUGGAAACUUAAAAUUUUGCUAGUACAUUGUUUCAAGAUAGCUACCUAAUGCCCGAGUUAGACGUAAUUGUUGGGAAAUAAUUGAAAAUAGUGAUUGUGGAAGAUCUCAUUUUGACUAUGAGUUGUGAAUAUUAUAAUAUCUAGAGAGUAUUCCUCACAAAUCGAUAUCGAUACUAAUGUUAUAGAAGUAAAAUGUGUUUGUCUUACUUUUACACCGAAAAGAGGCAUAAGAUUAACUAGAGACAUAAUCUGUCAAUAAAGAGAUUUUAAACAAAUAUUUUUUUUAACCAUUGCAACACCAGAUAGUAUGGUCAAGAUUGGUUGAUAAACACCCGGUGUUGCCAACGAAGAAGAUACAGCGCCUAAUUUAUUUUCUCACUUUAUUCACAGAAUGUAGGGUACUUAUUGCCGCAAGCGAAACCGCGGGCAAAGACUCGUAUUGCAACAAAAGAACAAUCAAUACAUGGGGUCCUUUUUGAAGUUAAUAUGUACUUAAGUACUUGUAUGUUAUGUGUAAAGUUGUUUUAAGCCUUGUAUUGUGUGUAUUUCCUUCUGUGUUGUAUGUCCUUCGUAAGCAUAGGGUAGAUGACAAUUUUUUAUUUGGAUGACUAUUCGAAGAUCCUUAUAUUAUUAGAAACAUCAAUGAAAAAAAUACUGUGAUAAUGACAAUACUUUCAAAGAUAUGACAAAAAUAAAAUCACGUAUAUUUAGACUCGUCCAAACGCUCCAUACUCAAUAAUACUCGUAACGCGAUUUAUAUCUUAGUGAAAAAAGCUAUGUUUGUUCGACAGCUACCUUAAAAAUUGCGUGACUUCUUAAUAAAAGUUGUUCCAAAAUUUUAGCUUUUUACGAUGGUUGAGUUUAUUUAUAUAUAAUUUUAUUAAUUUUUAAAAUGGACUUUCCAACCAACUUGAUAUUUUCGUGUAUUGAUCCAGCAGCAUUAUCACAGUCUAUGAAUCACAAUGGUGUUAAAUAUAUCUAUUUUAUCGAGAGCAUACAUAUUUUUUAUAAUUUUCUGACUUUGUCAUCUACCCUAUUAUUUAACAUUCCUGGUCGGUUAUUGAUGAAAAGUUAACACUUAAACUUAUUUUAGUUAAAAGUAUGUGUUGUUGUUUCUUUCUAUUUCUCUUUCUUGACAUGGAAAGAGUGAGACAAAACAUAGUUUAAUUAUAGUCAUAUAAAGAGUAAAAAGCUUAGUAUGAAUAGGAUAGUUAAAAUAGAAACUGUUGAAUAUGUGUAAUAACUAGUUAAUUUUAUACACACCAUAAUAAUAUUAGGAGUCCAAUACACGAAAAAAGUGUAAUGUUAAAAGAAGAAAUAUAAUGACUAAAAUAUAUUAAUUACAUUGAAUUACACACAAUCAUUACACAAGUUCAAAAUGCAGUUUACCUAAAUAUAGAUAUUAGUAUCGUUUGACACAAAACAAAUUUGUAUUUGUAAGUAUUAUCACAUCACAUAUUGGAAUUUAAUUUAAUUAUGAUACAUAUGUGGUACUCGUAUUGAAGAAUUUUGGUUUGUUUUACCGUGCACAUUACGUAAAACCGAGUAAAUAUAAUUCUAUUCAGAAUAUUCAGAAGUAAAGUAUAAUAUUAUUAUUCUAAUCAGAAUUUUAAAUCUAUAGCUUCAUAAAUUCCUACAAAACUUUCUUAUUAAAUAAUGUAUAAGUUACAUGAACAAAAACCUUACGUUUUAUGACACGCAUUAAAAUGCAAUUUCAAAGCAUAAAGUCGCAUUUUUAUAACACGUACACUCGACAGAUCGACUUACUUCAACUUAUUGCAAUUUCGACGUUAUUACCACCACAUUGAAUCUAUGCAAAUACAUCAGGUAACUUUGUAGUUGGCUGUAUAUAACUUGUCACUGAUAGAUAUAAGCGGAAGACCAUACAGAGAUGUUCCACGAGAAAAUGUAUCUUAUGGAGGGAUCUAUAAUUAUAUUGAGCAAGGCAUUAUAAAGUACCUUUUCUCGUGGAACGUCACGUGUUAUUGUAAAUGUAUUGAGACUGUUAUGUAGAUAGGAAAUUAUUAUAGUUUGGAAUAUUUAUUGCUUAAUGUAAGAAUAAACUGUUAUGCUUGCA